AGAUAGUCCAGCUAGCUGCCUGGAUUUACCCUGCAGAGAUCUGAGGAAAGGUUAACGUUGUCAUCGUAAAACGACCAUAAAUCAACCCCAGUUUAAAAUGCCAACACAAAGCAGUAUAUAAUAUAAGCUAUAAUAUUAUUAUAUUAUAAUCUACACAGCUUUCUAUGUAACUAGCUGAGACGAGGUGGGUAACCGUAGGAUGCUAGUGCUAGCAUGCUAGCUCGUUCUCAAUGGCAAAACACUGCUACAACACACACUAGUUCACCAUAAUCUACAAAAUACCUACUUCCAUGUCCCUGCUCUGCAGGUAUUCUACAAGUGUGCCUUCGUUUAGAAGUAGUCUCCCAGCUAAUCCUGCCUUAUACUGACCAAAGUUGGAAAAACAGUAGCUAGCUAAUGUUAUCAAUGAGAGCUGUAGCUAUCCAUAUAUGGUCUUAGUACUAUUAGAACCCAGCCUGACUGCCAACAUGCACUCAAUGACAACAUACUGGUCUUUAUUGCAUUGUUUUUGACAUGUGUGUAAGGAAUGUACAAUAUUACAGUGUUUACAAUGAAAAGAUGUCUAUUGUACGGAUGAUUUGUACAUUAUUCAAAAGGUUAAUGACAUGAGCAGGUUACUUUUAAGAUACAAAUGAAAUCAUUGUACAAAAAUGUUACUUUGCUGAUUUUUUUUUUAUUUUGUUUUUUUACAUAUUGAGUUAUUGUUCUAAAUGAAAAUGUGUAACUGUUACUUUUUUAUGCAGCAUUGUUCCUUUGCUUAAAAUCAACUUUGUUGCUGGUAAAACUAGUACUGAUCAGUUAUUGAUUCUUCACUGGUUUGUUUUAAUUAAAAUGUUUAAAUGGACUUUUACUUGCUGGUUAUUACUCACAUUUUUCUCUUAACUCACCUAUUUUGACCUUGAAUGUGAUUUAAAUCAAGCUAAAAUGAUUUAAAUCUUACUAUUUAUGUUGUUACACACUUUAUUGUGUGACACUGUAGUAUUGGUGAUUGGUAAUAAAUGGUCUCUUUUUAUUGGUGGAGUGGAAAGGGAAAGGACAAUGCAGCACUGUGGAUCUGGUAUCUGGUUUCCACAGCAACCCUUAUUAAAUUACUUAGAGGCUUACAGGUGGUGGACUUUAAACAGAGGUGGAGGGACAGGUGACGCGGACCACACGGAACUCUAUUCUUCCUGGAAAGAAACCAAGCAACUGCAAAAAUGGCUAAAUUCUUCACACCAGUUCAAAUCAACGAGUUGAAGGAGUGUUUCUCCUUGUAUGACAAGAAGCAAAAGGGCAAGAUUGUCGCCGAAGACCUGAUCACAGUUAUGCGCUGCCUGGGUACAAGCCCCACAUUUGGUGAAAUUGAAAGACAUCUGCAAGUUCACAAAAUCGGAAAGACAGGUGAACUGGACUUCUCUACGUUUCUGAUGAUGAUGCACAGACAGAUGCAACAGGAAGACCCCAAGACUGAAAUCCUGGAGGCCUUGAGGAUGACGGACAAACAGAAGAAAGGACACAUCCAGGCAUCUGAGCUCCGGGCCAAGCUCACUAUGUUGGGAGAGAAACUAACAAACAAAGAAGUGGAUGAUCUCUUCAAAGAGGCAAAUGUCAAGUCAGACGGGACCAUCAACUACGAAGAGUUCACUCAGAUGGUGACGCUGCCACCUGUCGAUUAUUGAUUUUUCAGCCAUGAUGGAGUAUUGGCUUUACAUACACUGAACUUAAG